GUCCUUUAACUAUAGUUUAGCCCUCUAUCUGAAGAAGGCGAGGAAGAAGGAGAAGAAAUCGAAGUAAAAGUAGAAUGGAGACGAUGAGAAGUAGAAACAUCUCCAAAUCCGUCUUCAUCCUCAUCCUUGUUACCUCUUUGUUCUCCUCUGUAAUCUCCGGCGACAUCGGUGGACACAGUCUAGGGUGGAUUCCGGGGCCAUCGGCUUGCCAGGGAACGAUCGCAGAGUGCAUCGGCGGCGAUGAGUUUGAUUUGGCAUCAGAAUCCAGUCGAAGAAUCUUGGCGACUUCUGGCUACAUCAGCUACGAUGCGUUGAAGCGUGGAAGCGUGCCUUGCGAUCGUCGCGGUGCUUCCUACUACAACUGCCGUCCUGGAGCUGAGGCGAAUCCGUACUCCCGUGGUUGCUCGGCUAUUACUCAAUGCCGGGGGGGUUAAUUCCCUCUUCCAUUCUUUUCAUCUCGUGUUCUUAUUUCCAUUUAUAUCGCUGUUUGAAACUAUUGAUUCGGUUCCUGCUGUGCGUCCUGGCUUGAAAUUUGAUGUAAUUGGUUGUGCUGUUGGGUUUUUUAUGAAUACAGAAAGAAAAUUGAUGAUUAUGAUGGAUUGCUUAA